CAGUGAUUGAUCACGCCAUGGUUCAAUUCGUUGCUAAUAAGAUUGCAGAAUGGUCGCUGUCAACAGGUGUUGAUGAGGCGACGCUGAAAUUGGCGAUUUGCUUGUUUGCUUCGUUUCCUCUCAACGCCAUCUUGAAGAGGUUCCCAGAUCGGGACGUUACGUUGAAGAACUGCUAUGUCGUGACGAUCUCCAUGAUUUACCUGUUUGUGAUCUGUGACCUGUAUAGCGGGUUCCGUACGCUGUUUAUCAGUUCUUGCUUCACCUUCUUCAUCACCCGUUAUUUGAAUUCUAACCUGAUGCCUCUGAUCAACUUCACGUUCGUCAUGGGUCAUCUUGCACUGAACCAUCUGUCCUUACAAUUUUUCCAAGACUACGACUCCACUAAGAUCGACAUCACAGGUGCUCAGAUGGUGCUUGUGAUGAAACUUUCUGCAUUCGGUUGGAACGUUCAUGACGGAAGACAACCAGAGUCUGAAUUAACACCGGCUCAGAAGUACAGAGCUGUUAAGGAGCAUCCUUCGUUUCUAAGCUUUAUGAGUUUUGCCUUCUUCUAUCCUUCGUUGCUAACCGGUCCUUCUUUCGAAUUCGUCGAUUAUCAACAAUGGCUGAACUCAGAAAUGUUCUCCGACUUACCGGAAAGUAAGAAGCCAGGUAAGAAGAGGAAAAGAGCAAUUCCAAAGUCAGGUAAAGUUGCCUUCUACAGAGUCUGUCAAGCAAUUGGAUGGCUUCUAAUCUGGCAAAAGUCCAAUGGCUAUGUUCAGAUGUCCUACUUGUUUGAGAAGGAUUUCUUGUCGCAGAAUUUUGUCUCUAAAGUUUGGUAUCUGUACGUGCUCGGAUUCUCCUACAGAUUGAAAUACUACGCUGCCUGGACCAUCUCUGAAGCAUCAUGUAUCGUCUGUGGGUUGGGCUACAACGGAUAUGACCAUGAGACAAAGACAAUCUUAUGGAAUAGAGUACAGAAUAUCGACAUUUGGGGAGUUGAAUCCGCUCAAAAUAUACACGUUGUGCUUUCAGCAUGGAACCAGAACACGAACAAAUGGUUGAAAAAUUAUGUCUAUCUAAGAACCGUUAAAAAGGGUAAGAAACCAGGGUUUAGAAGCACGCUGGCUACUUUCCUCACUUCUGCAUUCUGGCAUGGCACGAGACCAGGUUAUUACUUGGCCUUUGCCACGGGUGCCAUCGUUCAAACUUGUAACAGAAUGUAUAGACGUAACUUGAGACCAAUGUUCCUUGAAGCCGAUGGAAUCACUCCAAAGGAAAACAAAUUCUGGUAUGAUGUUGCAUCCUACAUUGCUACACAGGCUGCGCUGUCUUAUAUGGUUCAACCGUUUAUGAUCCUCGACUUUAAGAAAUCCCUUUACGUCUGGGGCACCGUCUAUUACUAUGUCCACAUCAUUAUGGCUUUGACAAUUUUUGCAUUUGCAGGACCUUUCAAGAUGCAAAUCAAAGCUUACUUACAGAAGCAUGUUCCUGUGCAGAAGGAAUCAGUGACUCAAAUCAUCAAGGAAAAGGCAGAGAACGAAUCUCAAGAUGACGUCCACCUGGGUAUUCCGGAGGCUAACUUUGAUGAUCCUGACUUCGUGAACAAACUUGCAAAGGAGCUCGAAGAUAUCAAACAGGAUAUGAAGGAUUGGCAAGACUGCAAUGGUCCUGAACUUGAAGAGGAGAACUUGAGAAGGGCCUUUGCUAAGCUCUAG